UAAAUAAUAAUAAUAAUAAUCAGAGAGAAAAAGGAUCCGAAACCCGAAAGGAUCUUUUAACAAGACUCGCCCUUUCCUACUUCAAUGCUCUGUCGGAACUCGGCUUUCAGCCUCCGUCCUCUCUAGGGUUUUUUCUUCGCUUUCUCCGAUAUCAGAUAUUUUUUAAUUAAAUUCUGGCGGCUAGGGUUUUGAUAAUUAGGGAGACAACCUGGCACAAUGACGAUGAACGAGAGGAAGACGAUCGACCUUGAACAAGGAUGGGAAUUUAUGCAAAAAGGGAUUACAAAGUUGAAGAACAUUCUAGAAGGCUUACCGGAGCCACAGUUUAGCUCUGAGGAUUAUAUGAUGCUCUAUACAACUAUUUACAAUAUGUGCACCCAAAAGCCUCCUCACGAUUAUUCUCAACAGUUGUAUGAUAAGUAUCGAGAAUCUUUUGAAGAAUACAUCACUUCAACGGUACUUCCAUCUUUACGAGAAAAGCACGAUGAGUUUAUGUUGAGAGAGCUGGUGAAAAGGUGGGCUAAUCAUAAAGUAAUGGUUAGGUGGCUUUCUCGUUUCUUCCAUUAUCUUGAUCGCUACUUUAUUGCUCGGAGGUCACUCCCUCCCCUUAAUGAAGUUGGACUCACAUGUUUCCGAGAACUGGUCUACCAAGAGCUAAAUGCAAAAGUGAGGGAUGCAGUAAUUUCUCUAAUUGACCAAGAACGUGAGGGCGAGCAGAUUGAUCGAGCUUUAUUGAAGAAUGUUUUAGAUAUAUUUGUUGAAAUUGGAAUGGGGCAAAUGGAUUACUAUGAGAAUGAUUUUGAGGCCACUAUGCUCAAAGAUACAGCUGCCUAUUAUUCAAGGAAGGCUUCAAAUUGGAUUCUAGAAGAUUCUUGUCCAGAUUAUAUGUUGAAAGCUGAGGAGUGUUUAAAACGAGAGAAAGAUAGGGUCUCACAUUAUUUGCAUUCUAGUAGUGAGCCAAAACUACUUGAGAAAGUUCAACAUGAGUUGUUGUCUGUAAAUGCAAACCUACUCCUUGAGAAAGAGCACUCUGGAUGCCAUGCAUUGCUUAGAGAUGACAAGGUGGAGGAUUUGUCAAGAAUGUUUAGACUCUUUUGUAAAAUUCCUCGAGGCUUGGAUCCUGUGUCAGGCAUUUUCAAACAGCAUGUUACUGCUGAAGGCACAGCUUUGGUCAAACAGGCUGAGGAUGCUGCAAGCAACAAAAAGGCAGAUAAAAAGGAUGUGGUAGGCAUGCAAGAGCAGGUUUUCGUGAGGAAAGUGAUUGAGCUGCAUGACAAAUACCUAGCAUAUGUGAAUGAUUGUUUUCAAAAUCAUACCCUCUUUCACAAGGCUCUCAAGGAGGCUUUUGAAGUCUUUUGCAACAAGGGUGUUGCCGGAAGCUCAAGUGCAGAGCUACUUGCCACUUUUUGUGAUAAUAUUCUUAAGAAAGGUGGAAGUGAAAAAUUAAGUGAUGAAGCAAUUGAAGAAACUCUUGAAAAGGUUGUGAAGCUUCUUGCUUAUAUUAGUGACAAGGACUUGUUUGCAGAAUUUUACAGGAAAAAGCUUGCUCGAAGGCUUCUUUUUGACAAGAGUGCUAAUGAUGACCAUGAGAGAAGUAUCUUGACAAAGCUGAAACAGCAGUGUGGUGGUCAGUUCACCUCAAAGAUGGAGGGAAUGGUCACAGAUUUGACGUUGGCAAGGGAAAACCAGACAAGUUUUGAGGAGUACUUGAGCAAUAAUCCAAAUGCAAAUCCAGGGAUCGACUUGACAGUAACUGUUUUGACUACUGGCUUCUGGCCAAGUUACAAGUCUUUUGAUCUUAAUCUUCCUGCUGAGAUGAUUAAGUGUGUUGAGGUUUUCAGGGACUUCUAUCAGACAAAAACCAAACAUAGAAAACUUACUUGGAUAUACUCUUUGGGUACUUGUAACCUUAUUGGGAAGUUUGAACCAAAAACAAUGGAGUUGAUUGUCACAACAUAUCAGGCCUCUGCCUUACUGCUGUUCAAUUCCUCAGAUAGGCUGAGCUAUUCAGAGAUCAUGACACAAUUGAACUUAACUGAUGAUGAUGUGGUUAGACUUCUGCAUUCAUUGUCAUGUGCAAAGUAUAAAAUUCUUAAUAAGGAGCCAAGUACGAAAACCAUCUCUCCCACUGAUUACUUUGAGUUCAACUCUAAGUUUACUGAUAAAAUGAGGAGGAUCAAGAUUCCUCUUCCCCCUGUUGAUGAGAAGAAGAAAGUAAUUGAAGAUGUUGACAAGGAUAGGCGGUACGCCAUUGAUGCCUCAAUUGUGCGUAUCAUGAAGAGUCGGAAAGUUCUGGGUCACCAGCAGUUGGUUAUGGAGUGUGUUGAGCAGUUGGGCCGCAUGUUCAAGCCUGAUUUCAAGGCAAUCAAAAAGCGAAUUGAGGACCUGAUUACUCGUGACUAUCUUGAGAGGGACAAGGAUAACCCCAAUACAUUCCGGUACUUGGCAUGAUGUGGCCUGGCCUAGUCAUUUUCCAGAUGAAGGAGUAUUGCUGCUGCAAAUAGCGCAAACGACCAGGUGUGGUCAGUUCGUGGUGAAAGUGGCAUAAGCAUGAUGAGAUGCCACCUGAUGAGUGCUUUUGGUGAUUGCUAGCAGGAGCUGAGAUACUUGUACAGUAGGAGCCAGGUGUGGCCAAAUUCUAUAAAUUGUGAAAUCAACCUGGAGAAAUUGUAAUUGAUCCCAUAAUAUGGUCUGGUGCAGCGGGGACCAUCUAAUGACCGGUUUCUUAUUACUGCAAGCCCUUUUCAUGACUUAGUUGAUGCUUGUUUGUUGUGCGCCCCUUGUUCCACCAAAAGAAGCAAAAAAAAAAAAAAAAAAAGUGUAUUUUAGUGAUAUACUCAAGCUCCAUUAUGAUUGUAAGUUUCGGAAAUGUUAGGAAUCGUCUGUCUGAAUGCAUCCACCAUUUUAUGCUUUUCUC